AUGGCUGACGAGCACCACGAGACCUUCGAAUCCGCCGACGCUGGCGCGUCGACCACCUACCCCAUGCAGUGCUCUGCUCUGCGCAAGAACGGUCACGUUGUCAUCAAGGGCCGUCCCUGCAAGAUCGUCGACAUGUCGACCUCCAAGACCGGAAAGCACGGUCACGCCAAGGUCCACAUCGUCGCUCUGGACAUCUUCACUGGCAAGAAGCUCGAAGAUCUGUCCCCCUCCACCCACAACAUGGACGUCCCCAACGUCUCCCGCAAGGAGUACCAGCUUCUUGACAUCACUGAUGAUGGCUUCCUCUCCCUGAUGGACGACGAUGGAAGCACCAAGGACGAUGUUAAGGUCCCCGACAACGAGAUCGGUGAGAAGAUCAUGCGUAUGUUCAAGGAGGAGGAGAAGGACUGCAACAUUGUCAUCCUCACUGCCAUGGGUGAGGAGUGCGCCAUGGAGUGCAAGGAAGCCCCCAAAUAA